CAAACGGAUCUGAUACGCCAAAUAGUUCACAGUUGGUUGAUGUUCCUGAAAAUGGGUCUAACGAGCUGCAUAUAAAACAUGCAAUCCGUAAUCCUCUUUGUCCAGUUAAAUCCGCGCAAAGGCCUUCAGUUCAUAUGCUUAAUUAUGAAAAGUUUAAAGCAUCAACAAAAUAUUUUUCACCACCGGAUUCUCAUAUUGAUGAUGGAUCUGCUUGGAUUCCUAAAGUUAAACGGACACGACUUCCUAUUGAAUCUCGCAGAGAUGAUAUUAUUAAUAUUAUUCGAGAAAAUAAAGUAGUUGUGUUGAGUGGAAGUACAGGAUGUGGCAAGUCAACCCAAGUCCCACAAUACAUACUAGAUGAUUGCCUACAACGAAAUAUUUCCGUUAACAUAAUAUGUACACAACCGCGCCGUAUCGCUGCAACUUCUCUUGCGCAUCGGGUUUCUUCUGAACGGGGAACCAACCUUCGUGGGCAAGUGGGAUUUCAUAUUGGUGGUAAAAAUGGAUAUUCUUCGUCAACUCGAUUACUAUACGUCACGACGGGAAUUUUGUUGGAAAUGUUAAAAGCUGACCGAUAUUUAAAGUCUUACACUCAUGUAAUCAUGGAUGAGAUCCAUGAGCGGAAUGUCGACGACGAUUUAAUGAUGGCGCAUCUUUGCGAAAUUAUGAGAAUGAAUUCAUCCUUAAAAUUGAUCAUUAUGUCGGCUACUAUGAAUACCAAAAAGUUUACUGAAUAUUUUCAUGAAUUUCAAAUCGAGAAAGAUGGUGUUAUAUCGAAAAUCCCAUGGAUAGAUGUACCCGCAAAGAAUUUUCCAGUUGAUGUGUUCUAUCUGGAAGAUAUUUGCCAGGGCCUGGAAGUUACUGAAGCACAUCAAACACUGAUUAUGAGUGAGCCUAAGAAACCCGCGAUGAUGCAAGAACGACGGGAUAUUUUAAUAGACUGGAUUAUGCAUUGCCAUGCUACAUGUUCGGCUGAUGAAGCAUUUUUGGUUUUCUUGCCAGGAAUAUCUGUCAUUGCUGAAGUGGAAGACCAAUUGAUGUUUCUUAAUGAACAACAACGAUGCGGAAUGGUGCUGCAUGACGGGAAACCAGUUCCUUUUAUGACUAUUAUAAAACUUCAUUCUACUGUCACAAUAGAUGAACAAUGUGUGGCCAUGCAACGUCCCAAAAGUAAUCACCGAAAAAUCAUAUUGGCAACCAAUGUUGCCGAAAGUUCAAUAACGGUCCCUGACGUACGAAUUAUAUUUGAUUCCUGCUUGCGCAAAGACGUGUAUUAUGACAAAGCCACAAGAUGUUAUAGUUUAAAUGAGCAAUGGAUAAGUAAAGAUUGCGCCGAACAACGACGCGGAAGGGCUGGUAGAGUAGGGCCUGGAGUGAUUUAUAGGUUUGUACCAAAAGGGUUUUAUGAUCAAUUGUGUGAAGAAAGAACUCCAGAGAUUCGAAGAACGCCGCUCAAUUCCUUAUUGUUAAGAUGCAUAUAUGCGAAUUUUGGAGAUCCUCGUACAUUAUUGUCCCGCUGUAUAGAUCCUCCUGAUGAUACUGCAGUUGAUUACGCAUUAGAAGAUUUGGAAGCAACGGGAGCUGUCACCAAGUCUGUCCCAAUUAUUAGAGAAACAGAUGACUGGGUUCAAGGAAGUAUAAUAACCUAUGAAUACGAAGUGACUAGACUUGGAUCGAUCCUAGCACAGCUCCCAAUCGAUCUUCAUUCAGGACUAUUAGUUGUAUAUGUAAUCUUUGAAAAAAAAAAAGAUGGAAUAAUAUUUCGAUUUUUGUCAACAGCUAUCUUACAAAAUCGAGGUGUCAUUGUGCAGCCACCUAAUCAGGAAAUAGCUAUUAGUGCGGCAAUGAAAAGAUUCCAUUUAAAUUUGCCUAGUGAAUAUAGAUUGCAAGGAGGUUCUGACUUAAUAUCCCACCUUCGUGCUUAUUUAUUUUGGGAGGAGACAACACAAAAUGACAGUGAAUUUAAUAGGACCAAUGAAUUAAAUUGGUGUCAACAACAGUUUAUUAGUUUAUACUGGAUACGUGAAAUUCAAGAUUUAGUGAUCACUAUCAGAGAAUCAUUAUCUUAUCAAAAUAUAUGUUCACCUCCAACGAAGCAAGAACGAGACAAGAUACGUAGAAAUCGUGUAAAUAACCCACACCUUAUUAUACCGGAUGAAUUUUCAGAGUACUCAGAACUUGAUUCUGAGCAAUAUAUUGAUAAUGCUAUUCACAUUCUUGAUUUGUCCAAAUCAGGGGAGAGACAGGAGGAUAAAUUAAUUCCUGAAACAUCAACAGCCAAUAAAUUAGAGGAUUAUAAAUUUGCUUCAAGACAGAGUACUCCUCUUUAUCAAAUAACUAGUAAUUCACGAACUUUAAAUCCUUGGAUGAAUGUAUUUGACCGUCAAUAUGAGAUUACUUCUAAAAAAGUUCACUUACAACGGGAACCUAACGUUUUACUUCUCACAAUUUUAUUGAUGGCAGCAUUUCAUCAAAAUUUAUUUUUAGUCACGCCAUGUAAUGAUACUCGCAUUUUCAAAAAUUGCCCCCCAGAGUUUAAUCGCAAUCACACAAUUGAAUUCUUUGCCAAAGUCCUUCCACCAAGGCAGGUAUUAGUAGAAACAUUUGAAAAGGAUAUCGGAAUUAUACAGAAAAUGGUACAUCCAGACAGUGAACCAUUAAACUCUGAUGGAGAUUAUGAAUAUAGUUAUGUUGAAUUUGCAAAACCUGCUAUACCACUGUGGACCCAUUCUCGAUAUCGGACGAGAAGAAAAUCCUAUCUAUGUAAUAAUAUAGAACAGCAUUUACCGGAUGCCGUAUUUUUAGCGCCUAAAUUAAAGACAGUCAAAAAUGGUGUCUGGACUGAUACCAAUAGUGCCGCAAAUGGCAUAAAUAAUACAGGUGCAGCAUCACACACAGUUGGACCCUCAUUAUAUCUGGAAGAACAAAAAAAAUUGCGAUUUUCUGGCAUUAAUGGAUGCCCUGAAACUUCCACAGCGCUUAGUCCUAUCUUUCACUCCAAGUCUACCAGGGCUUAUCAAUCAAAAACUUCACUAUUUUUUCCAUUGAUCAUUAAUGAUGGUGAACACAAAAAUUAUGCCGUUUGUGCCGGGAAAAUGAUAACGGUGGAUCAUGGAAAGUCACACGUUGCAGAACAUGUCACAUGUCUUAUCGGACCUCCAAAUGCGACCAAUAAUGUCGGAGAUGUGAUUCUUUCAAUUUUUGCAAACAAAAUAAUAGAACGAGAGGGCAUUUGGCAUGUGCAUGUAAAUUUGACAGAAUACCCACUUUUCUAUGUAAAACCUUUGGAAAUCGAUAAGAGAUUGAUUAAUUCAAUUAGAUACUUUCUGAGGCAAGCAUUAUUUGAAAAAGAACCUAAGGUAGAGAGUAUAAGAGAUGACUAUUCAAAGAAAAAUAUACCGUAUUUACUAACUCAACAAGAAAUGAUUAAAGUUUGGGAACAAUGUAAAAUUACGCCGGAUUAUGCUGGAAAAUUGUUG